AUGCUUUCGAGAGGUCGGAUCCUCGAGCUACCAAAAUCUAUCAUCUCACAACAUCGCUCUCGCUCCUCCGUCUCUCAGCUACACAAAGAUGGAGUUAGGGAGCGCUGGCGAGGAUCAGACCAGAGGAGUCAACUGUCUGUGAAGCCCACCUUGGGGUCUGCCGUCAGGCUCAACCGUGGCGAACAGGCAUUAGAUGCCACAACAAGAAAAAAGACCCUGAGCGAUGGCCUUUUUGCAACUUGGCUUUCAGAUUGGCUUGACGUACUCGCUCAGAGCGUCACGGACAAGGGCUUCGCGCAGUAUCUUAAGCAAUUCAAAAUCAACUUGCGCUUGCAUAAGGUAUAUCGGCAAAAGCUAGGAGAUCAUGUUGUUGGGACUGGUUCAGCACUUCUUAGACAACCUACCGGAUCGCAAGAUCCUCAAAAGCUUUACAAAGCCCUUGGAGCUCUAUAUCUCGUGGAUGGAGAGCGGGCCGUUAAUGCUCAGCUGAGAUAUACUUAUUCAAUUAUCGAUAAUAAUCGGCAAUCGUCUACGAUCACCUUGGAAGAUCAGGAACGACUUGCAGACUUACGGUACCCCGCUGAAUGGUACCCCGACACAAGGUGCAUUCAACGAACUAUACAUCUACACGUAGGUCCAACAAAUUCUGGCAAGACAUAUCGUGCUUUGAAACGAUUGGAGCAAGCCGAAUCUGGAGUAUAUGCUGGUCCGUUGCGGCUUCUUGCGCAUGAGGUCUUUGGGAGACUAAAUGCUCAGGGGAAAUCCUGCGAUCUCUUGACAGGGGAUGAAAGAAUCACUGUAGCUGAAGAUGGUCAACCUGCGAAGAUGCAAAGCUGCACCGUCGAAAUGCUACCCCUGCAUACCGAUUUUGACGUCGCAGUCAUUGAUGAAAUCCAAAUGCUUGGUCAUGAUCAACGUGGCUGGGCAUGGACUCAAGCUCUGCUGGGCCUCAAAGCACGGGAGCUUCAUCUCUGUGGCGAAGAGCGUACAGUCCCAUUGAUACGUGAGCUAGCAGCUUCUAUGGGUGAUAAGAUCGAGGUGCAUACUUACAAACGCCUCAGUCCUUUGAAAACCAUGUCAAGCAGCUUACGCGGUGAUCUAGCCAGUUUACGAAAAGGGGAUUGUGUCGUGGUGUUUUCACGGAUGGGUCUUCACGCAAUGCGAAGAGACAUUGAGAAAGCGACGCAACGUCGAGUUGCCAUUGUAUAUGGCUCCUUGCCGCCUGAGGUCAGAGCUCAACAAGCGAGGCUGUUCAACGACCCAGACAAUGAUUACGACUUCCUUGUUGCGAGUGACGCUAUUGGCAUGGGGUUAAAUUUGGCCAUCAAACGUAUUGUCUUUGAAUCGGUGCACAAGUCCAAUGGUUUCACCAACGAGCUGAUGGAAAGUGCUCAAAUCAAGCAGAUUGCUGGUCGCGCCGGCAGAUUCCGUGUCGCACUUGGAGCUGAGAACGAGACAGAGGUUAGCAACCCAAAAGACCUGCCUGCUCCCAAUGUGGGCCUGGUUACAACUCUAGAGAAUCAUGACAUGGUCUACGUUCGAAGGGCGAUGCAGGCGGAACCUGAUCCUAUAAUGAGUGCAGGUCUGUUUCCACCAACGGAUAUCAUUGAGCAAUUUGCGGCCUAUUUCGAUCCGUCUACGCGUUUUAGUCAUAUCAUGCAGCGCCUUCACGAGAUCGCGCUAGUACAGCCACGGUACAAGCUUUGCCACCUCAGAGAUCAGGUUCGUAUUGCCGAUAUAAUACAUUCAGUGGAAAACCUAUCGUUACGUGACCGCAUCACGUUUUGUGCAGCGCCAGCCCAGGUGGGCGGUCAAGGCGGCACCAAACGUAUUGGGGGGAUGCCAGAGAUAGUACGUGCAUUUGCGAGAUGUGUUGGCGACAGGUCCAGUGGCGCUCUCUUGGAGAUUUCAGAGCUCAACAUCGAUGUACUCAACGAGAAGAUGACGGUUGAUCGAGGUUACCUUGACCGUUUGGAGAUGCUACAUAAAGCCCUCGUUCUUUACCUUUGGCUGAGUUAUAGGUUUCCUGGUGCCUUCAUCAGCCAAGGAAUGGGGUUCUACCUCAAAGGUCUAGUCGAGAACCGGAUCGACAAAACCCUUUCCGAGUUCUCGGCCACAAGUGCGAUUCAGAAGAGGAUCAAGAUGAUGCGCAAGAAGGCAGAGCAAAACAUCAAGCGCCUGGGGGAAACGACCGCGAACGAGGACAACGUAUUGCUACAUCAAGGUGCGGGCGCGGUUGAUGAUGAGAUUUUACCCAGUGCCUCGAAAGAACCCCUUGAUCAUAGUGUGAUCCCAUCUGAUAUUGAGGCAUUGACACCACCUUGGCCGCACCAGAACAACCCGAAAAUGCCUCAAGCACCGGAAAUCGUUAACGCAAAGCUCUCUCGCAGCUUCACAAACCUCUGUCUCUAG